AUGGACACUUGCACUGUGUCUGGGCCUGACAUAGUCAACUGCACUGUAUCUGAACCUGACAGAGACACCUGCACUGUGUCUGGGCCUGACAUAGACACCGGCACUGUGUCUGGGCCUGACAUAGACACCUGCACUGUGUCUGGGCCUGAUAUAGACACCUACACUCUGUCUGGGCCUGACAGAGACACCUGCACUGUGUCUGGGCCUGACAUAGACACCUGCACUGUGUCUGGGCCUGAUAUAGACACCUACACUCUGUCUGGGACUGACAGAGACACCGGCACUGUGGCUAGGCCUGACAGAGACACCGUCACUGUGUCUGGGCCUGACAGAGACACCGACACUGUGUCUGGGACUGACAGAGACACCGUCACUGUGUCUGGGCCUGACAGAGACACCGGCACUGUGUCUGGGACUGACAGAGACACCGACACUGUGUCUGGGCCUGAUAGAGACACCGGCACUGUGUCUGGGACUGACAGAGACACCGGCACUGUGUCUCGGUCUGACAGAGACACCGGCACUGUGUCUGGGACUGACAGAGACACCGGCACUGUGUCUCGGUCUGACAGAGACACCGGCACUGUGGCUAGGACUGACAGAGACACCGGCACUGUGUCUGGGACUGAUAGAGACACCGGCACUGUGUCUGGGCCUGACAUAGACACCGGCACUGUGUCUCGGUCUGACAGAGACACCGGCACUGUGUCUGGGUUUGACAGAGACACCGGCACUGUGGCUAGGCCUGACAGAGACACCGGCACUGUGUCUGGGCCUGAUAGAGACACCGACACUGUGUCUGGGCCUGACAUAGACACCGGCACUGUGUCUCGGUCUGACAGAGACACCGGCACUGUGUCUGGGCCUGAUAGAGACACCGGCACUGUGUCUCGGCCUGACAGAGACACCGACACUGUGUCUGGGACUGACAGAGACACCGGCACUGUGGCUUGGCCUGACAGAGACACCGGCACAGUGUCUGGGCCUGAUAGAGACACCGGCACUGUGUCUGGGACUGAAAGAGACACCUGCACUGUGUUUGGGCCUGACAGAGACACCGGCACUGUGGCUAGGCCUGACAGAGACACCGGCACAGUGUCUGGGACUGACAGAGACACCUGCACUGUGGCUGGGCCUGAUAGAGACACCUGCACUUAG